AUGGCUUUCCGUGCACUUUUCUCCCAGCCGCGCGCAGCCAACCCUUGCGCAGCAGAUGCUACGCGCGUCGCCUCAGCUGCCGCCAGUGGCGCGGGCACCAACCCCCUGACGUCUUUCCUCACCUCUGUGUCGACAGAUCCCCUGCGCACGCGGCAGCUUCUUGAAGGCUACGACCUGUCGGGCGCAGUCCCGCUUCCGCAGGCCUCACUUCCAGACGCUCUACUGAAUCUGCUCUCCACGGAGGAUCUCGGAGAACCAGACGCGGGCGUGGGGGCCAGCCAGCAGGCUGCUGUCUCCGACUCCUGGGACACUGCCUGGUCGCACAUUCAAGGCGCACAGAAUGGCGGCUCGCCCCCCGAGCUCCCUCAGUUCUCCCGGCCCACCUACGCCUUGGAGGGCUUUCGGGGCCUCGCCGGACCUGAGACAAUCGGGAUCCAGAUGUCCCCGGACGGGAAUCAGCUCGCGGGUCCGGGCGCUGGCCGCAACGCGAGCCUGCCAGAAACGCCCUUCCUCUCCAAUCAGGCGUCUCUGCCUUCUGGGCCGCACCACGUCCCAGGGCCGUUACCGGCAUUCUUGUCUUCUUCCCCGUCUUCUUCUUCCUCAGCUGCGUCGCCUUUCCUUUCUGUCUCGUUCCUUCACGGCUCCUCUGGGGCCUCUGUCUCCCCGCAGCCCGCGUCUCCUUUUCCGGCCCAGGCGCCCCACGCCGGGAGGGCAUCCGCGGGGUCGGCGCCGACGUCGUGGCUGGAAGAGUUUCACGCGUUUGCGCAAGGACGGGACCCGCACAGCGGCGGGACGUCUUCGGCAGACGCUCGCGACUUCGCGCCUCAGGCAGCGGAGCCCCAAGGCCCGCAGCUGGACAGUUCCACGGGGCGACAGGGGACACCUCGAGAGACGCGCGUGGAGCAGCCGGGUUCCUCAGAUCAGCCGCUUCCGGCUGACGCCGUAGCUCGCCACGGCCCCCUGCUCUCGGGGCCUGUCUCCUUUCCACCCCCUGUCUCUUCGCCGUUCCUCGCUUUUCCUCAUCCGCCGCCCCAAGUCCCCUUCUUCGUGCCCGCUGGCCAUCUGUGGAACUACGCAAACGGCGAGGCGUUUUCUGAGGCGAGACAGCGGUCGCUUGAAGCCGCCAGGCGCGCGCAGAGGGCUGCGGGGAUCCUACCCGCUUCUUCCUCGAGCGCUUCUUCGAAGGCCGAGGAGGCGGAGAAAAACAAGGAAGGAACUGGCGGAGUCUCCUUCGAUGCGAGAGCAGCCCGCGAAAUGCUGGAGACUUUGAAAGCGAUGGGAGAGGAGAAACUUGAGCGCUCCGAAUUUGUUCACUUCAUUCGCCAACUCGCGGCAGGCGAGCUGUCUCUCGUCGACGGCCAGCUUGUCAAUGCCAAAGGCUCCCCUGUCGACUGGGACGCACAUCUGCAGGCGACGAAAGGUGGGAAGUUCGUUGAGCAGGCAGGGCGCAGUGCUGGCGAUGAACUCAGCGGAGGCGCGGCUGCAGAGAAGGUUGAGGCGGAGACCGGCGCGAGAGACGGAGCGGCCGCGGAAGAAGCCUUGGACGGAAAUGCUGACGAAUGCGCGUCUUUCGAGCAGAGCAUGAAGGAUUUGGAAGAGGCCUGGAAACAGGCGAGAGAGAAGGGCGAAAUAGACGACGAAGAACUGUCUCUGUUUCGGUCGAUCUUCAACACCGCGGAGCUCGGCAAAGCGCUUGGGGACUCCAGCGCCGACGAGGCGUCGUUAAUGGGUCGACCGCAGGAGUCCGACUCGUUGCCGGUGUUCUCCGCUAACAACCCGUACUUGAGCGAGCCUUCGCCUCUCGCGCUCGCGCAGCAGCUUCUGGAGGAAGGGAAAUUGCAAGAGGCCGUUAAAGCUUUGGAGGCAGAAGUGCAGCAAAAUCCCAGCAGCUCAGAGGGAUGGAGACUUCUCGGCGAGGCCCUAGCAGACAGCGAACAGGACGCUGAAGCCAUUGUGUGCCUCAAGAAGGGCCACGAGGUGGAUCCCUACAAUCUCGACAGCUUGCUGGCUCUCGGCGUGUCUUUGACGAACGAACUGGACGCUCCGCAAGCGCUGCGCAACUUGCGCGAUUGGAUGGCGAACCACGACGAGUUCAGCGCCCUUCCGGGUGUCCAGCGACCGCUCCCGGAAGACUUUCAGGAGCUCAAGGCGCACGUGGCUUCACUGUUUCACGAGGCGGCUGCGUGGAAAGGGUGCGUUGACGGUGGCGUGCACCUGGCGUUGGGUGUGAUUCACAACAUCGAUCAGAACUUCGACAGGGCGCUGUACCACUUUGCCGAGGCUCUCAAAUUUGCUUCCGGGCGAAGAGCGGCAACUCUGUGGAACAAAAUCGGAGCCACGCUGGCGAACUCUGGACGGUCCGCUGCGGCGCUGCUCGCCUACGAGCAAACCGUCGCUUUGCGCCCCAACUAUCCUCGGGCGUGGACAAACCUCGGCGUUGCGCACUCGAAUCUAGGAGACACAGACCGCGCCCUGCGGUUCUACCUCACGGCGUUGGUGCUUAACCCCGCCGCUUCUCAUCUCUGGUACUACGUCCGCAGCGCCAUCAUCGCUCUUGGGAAAUUCGACUGGUUGGGCUUGGCGGAAAACCGAGACUUGGAAGGCCUCCGCGCGCUGAUGCCAGCAGGGGCGGUUCCUGUGCGAGAAGAAAUUCUGGAGAAAGGUGUGCAGAAAGCGCCGCAAGAAGACGCGGCUGUACUUCAUCGCCUUUUUGGAAUGAUCAAGCAGAGCACGUAA